AUGACCCUCGAACAGGUAUUCAAAGCUAUCGACGCCUCUUAUGACCACUACAAGUCGAUACUGGCCGAAGCUGUGGCCAUCGAAAGUGUUUCCAGUGACCCGACACGGCGACCGCAAACCAUAAAGAUGGUGAAUUGGGUGAAGGAGCGUCUAGAGAAACUCGGUGUAUGCUGUACUCUACAAGAUUUGGGGAAACAUAUUGUGGAUGGAAAAGAGCUGCCUUUACCACCAGUUCUUUUCGGUCAAUUAGGUGACGACAAAUCGAAAAAGACCGUAUUAGUGUACGGUCAUGUGGAUGUUCAACCAGCGGCGAAGUCGGACGGAUGGAAUACGGAUCCUUUCACGCUCACCGAAAAAAACGAGAAGCUGUACGGUCGAGGGUCUUCAGAUGACAAGGGUCCAGUGUUGUGUUGGCUUCAUGCGGUUGAAAUGCUUCAAAAACAAAAAAUUAAUAUCCCUGUGAAUAUUAAGUUCUGCUUUGAAGCAAUGGAAGAGAGCGGUUCAAUUGGAUUAGCUGAGCUGUUGGAAAGGAACAAAAAUGACUUCCUUGCCGGUGUUGAUUUCGUCUGCAUUUCCGACAGUUAUUGGCUGGGAACCACAAAACCCUGCCUUACGCACGGUCUCAGAGGUAUUUGCUCGUUUCAACUAGAAGUCACUGGGAUCCAACAGGACCUUCAUUCAGGCGUAUACGGUGGAGUGGUGCACGAACCGCUCCAAGACUUAGUGUGGAUGAUGUCGCAAUUGACCUCAGUUGAGAAUCGAAUACUUAUUCCAGGGAUCUAUGAUGACGUUGCGCCAAUGUCUAAAGAAGAGCAUGAGUUGUACGAUAGCAUCGACUUUUGCGUGAAAGAGUUCCGUGAAAGCGUAGGAGCGAAGAAACUUCCGACGGAAGAUAAGAAAACGCUACUUAUCAGACGAUGGAGGGAGCCAUGUCUAUCGCUACAUGGAAUAGAAGGAGCUUUUUCGGGUGCGGGAGAGAAGACCGUAAUCCCUUCGAAAGUUAUCGGUAAAUUCUCGAUUCGAAUUGUUCCGAAUAUGAAACCUGAAAAAGUAAACAAACUGGUUGUCGAUUUUCUGAACGAUUUAUGGAGAAAACGGGGAUCACCGAAUACUUUCAAUCCUCGUCUCGGUCAUGAUGCACUACCGUGGGUGGCUGAUACCAAUGACGCAAACUUUAAAGCCGGUGCACGGGCAAUGAAGCAAGUGCAUGGCGUUGAUCCGGACUACAUUCGUGAAGGUUGCAGCAUUCCGAUCACUCUAACGUUUCAGGAAUUGACUGGAAAGAGUGUACUUCUGCUUCCUCUGGGAGCUGCGGAUGAUAUGGCCCACUCUCAGAACGAAAAAAUGAACAAAAUUAAUUACAUACAAGGAGUGAAGACACUUUUGGCUUACUUGCUUGAGCUAGGAAAGGUAUAG